GUAAUAUGAACACAGUUACAUACGACGGGGCUUCUUCGUAUCUUCUGACAUCAAAAAUCCAAAUCGAUUUUGCCUCUCCUUAUUUGAAUCUGCUGUGAUUUUAGAUUUUUAGCUUCAAAGACUACGAAGAACAACGAGAAUCGUUUUGUCUUUAAUUUGUUAGUUUCAGAGUCACCAUGCAUUUCUUGAGCUCAAAAUUCCCUUUUCUGAAAUGGGCGACUACUGCAGUCAUCUUGCUGAUCAGUACGGCGUCGUUUUGUUACGCCGCCGAUCCCCGGAUUGAAGAGGCAGCGCCGAUGAACUGCAGCGUGAACAGAGUAUCUCCGACUUUCAUCAUCCCGAUAUUUACUAGGGUUAUGGAGGUUGUGUCGCAGUCUGUUACAGAUCACGGAUGGGGAAAUUCCAGUACCGUUACGACAAACGCCUCUAUGUACGCUUUAGCGCAGUGCUACGAAGAUCUUCCCCGGCAGGAUUGUCUCCUUUGCUACGCCUCCAGCCGGACGAAGCUCCCGCGGUGCCUUCCGGGGAUCGCCGGCCGGUUGUUUCUCGACGGCUGUUUUCUCCGGUACGAUAACUACAGCUUCUUCAGCGAGAGCACCUCCGCUCAGGACAAAGCGAAUUGCAGCAGCUCGAUCGGAACGCCGCCGCCGCCGCCGAAUUUUGCGACGAACGCGGGGAGAUUGAUUGAUAACAUCACGGCGGCGGCGGCGGCGCGUGGAGGAUUCGCGACGGGGAAUGCGAACGGGGUGUACGUAUUGGCGCAGUGCUGGAAAACGGUGAGCAGAGAGGGGUGCGGACAAUGCUUGGCGAAGGCGAGAACGGAGGCGAAGAAUUGCUUGCCUAGCGUAGAAGGGAGGGCGAUGAACGCCGGCUGUUAUUUGAGAUAUUCCACCGAGAAUUUCAUCAGCGAUCCGAAUGAGACAGACGGCGGGGGCUCCGCGGUAUCCAAGAAAGGGGUAAAGGUGGCAAUUGCAUUGAGUGUGAUUGCGUUUGUUAUGAUCUCUGCCUUUAUUGCAUACACAUGGCGAAACAAGGCAUUGAAGAGAAAACAAGAAAGGAAGAAUCUUGGUCCAUUAUUGGGCAUUUACAGCAAAUCUAAUCUCAACUUUAAGUAUGAAACUCUGGAGAAGGCAACCAACUAUUUUGAUCCUUCCAUGAAACUUGGGCAAGGAGGAGCUGGUUCUGUGUACAAGGGAACGUUGAAUGAUGGGAGAGUUGUUGCAGUGAAGAGAUUGUUUUUCAAUACUAGGCAGUGGGUGGAUGAGUUCUUCAAUGAGGUGAAUCUUAUAAGUGGAGUUGAGCACAGGAAUCUUGUCAAGCUUCUGGGUUGCAGCAUCGAAGGCCCCGAAAGCCUGCUGGUUUAUGAGUUUGUGCCUAACAAGAGCCUCGAUCAAUACAUCUUUGACAAGAACAAGGUUCUGACCUGGAGGGAGCGGGUUCACAUUGUGGUUGGGACAGCAGAAGGUAUAGCCUUUCUCCAUGGAGGAACCUCAAUCAGAAUCAUCCACAGGGACAUCAAGAGCAGCAAUGUCCUUUUGGAUGAAAACCUCGCACCUAAGAUUGCUGAUUUUGGGCUUGCACGCUGUUUUGCGCCUGAUAAAACUCAUCUCAGCACUGGCAUUGCCGGGACACUAGGAUAUAUGGCUCCGGAAUACCUUGUCAGAGGACAGCUCACGGAGAAGGCUGAUGUCUACAGCUUCGGUGUGCUUGUUCUUGAGAUUGUAUCUGGUAGGAAAAGCAAUGCCUUUGCAGAUGACUCGGGCUCGCUACUGCAAACAGUAUGGAGGCUUUACAGAACUGAUCGGUCCUCUGAAGUAGUAGACCCUUCUCUCGAAGGCGAUUUUAAUGCAAAUGAGGCAUCUAAAGUGGUUCAGGUUGGGCUACUAUGCUGCCAGGCAAUUCCUGCUUUAAGACCAUCCAUGCCUGAAGUUGUGGAGAUGCUAACAAUCAACGAUCGCGAAAUCCCUGAACCGACACAGCCCCCCUUCAUCAACUCGAGCGUACUGGCAGGCGGCUCCAUGAGUAGCAUUAAAACGUUGGUAUCCAGCGCGCUGAACAGACAGGACGGGUCUUCCUACACUUCCACCACAGACCAAUCCUCUAGCAUGCAGAGUACUUCUGAUGGAAUUAGAAGCGAGGAGUUUCGAAAUCAUUAGAGUUCAAAGUCCUUCAUUCUACACUCGAUCUCGUUGCCCAUUUUGAUGGAAAGCCUUUGCCAUUUCCCUGGAUAGGAUAGAAAGACCAAACUCGUAACGCAGAAAAUGUGAAAGAAAUACAGGCCUUGUGAAGAGUUCUCUGUGUGAUUCCUAUGUAUAAAAGCCUUGACAGAAAGAAAGAUUGUGAAAUUUUUUGUAUAGAUUGCCAUUACAGCAACUAGACUGAGACAAAUCAGACAGACAUUUUCUUUUUCAGAUUGUUUUAGUAAAAGCUGACCCUGAACUGUCUUGCAUUUGU